UUUUCGUGAGGAAAUUUAGUUUGUGCGUGCAGUACUGUGAGAGUCUGUAAGAGUGUGUCGUGUAGUAAAAAAAUUUGUGAAAAAUGUCCGUGGCAGAGAAUUCUACAAGGAGUAACAACGGUGGAUUCAUCGGGAGCAUAGGAGAAUAUUGCCCAGAGGAUGAUUUUGUCAUCUAUUGCGAGCGCCUCGAGAAAUUAUUCUUCAUUAACAACAUCGAGGAUGAUAAAAUGAAGUGUGCGCUUUUUAUCAGUUUUGUGGGGCAAAACAUUUAUAAAGUGCUUAAAUCUGCGCUGCAUCCACAAACUGUUGACUCGAAAACUUAUAGUCAAUUAGUGGCUGUGUUAAAAGAAAAGUAUUCUCCAGCGAAAAAUGUGAUAACUGAGCGAUAUCGAUUCUACAAAAGAGAGCAAUCACCAGAGGAAUCUAUUAGGGAUUAUGUUGUGGCUCUCCAACAGCUGGCAGAAUCGUGUGAAUUUGGUGAUUUUUUGCAACAAGCCCUAAGAGACAAGUUUGUGAUGGGCAUUUAUGAAAAAAAGAUCCAAGAGAGACUCCUUGCUCUGGACAAAGGCUUUGAAGAAACUGUGAAGGUUGCCAGAGCUAGUGAAUUAGCCACAAGUUCCAUGGGGGAAAUGCGUGCAAGCGUGGAUUGGGUGAGCCAGGGCAAAUCACGAGGUGGUUAUCAAGGCGGGAAAAAGAGAGUGAACCGUGAAAGGAGUGAUCAGGGGACUCACGAGAAGAAGAGAAAAGUCCAAUGCUACCGGUGUCAUGAGUGGGGAAGCCAUUAUGCUGCAAAUUGCCCGAAGAGAGGUGCUAAGUCCAAGAAGCGAAAGCAGGUGAACUUCGCGGAGGAGGAAUCUGAAGAUGAGGACGUGAGUGGCAUGAUGUCUGCUAUGUUCCUGAACUCCGUGAAGGACGAAGGAAGCAGCACUUUGGACUCUGACAUGGAAGUAUAUGUGCCAGAGCGAGAGGCUCAAAUUGUGCUGAGUGAUUCGCACAAUGGCGCAACGGUACAACAACACACCUUCUUCAGUGACAAAUUUGGCACCAACAUCAGUACUAAUGAGCUAUACACCACGGACUCUGAUGACUUCCUUGAAGAGGGGGAAGGAGAAACAGGAGUUUCAAAAAAAGAAACCACAGGAGUUGAUAGACCGAAGGAAGAGAAGCCAGAAGCGGAGUGAUACUAAGCCUCUGAGUAAACUACAAGUGGGUCAGGAUAUCUGGUAUUUCAACACCUUGGGGACUGUUUGGGUUCGCGGACGGAUUCAUGGAAAACUCACGGAUACCGUGUACAUCGUAGACAUUGGAGGAACUAAGAAAAAGGCACAUCGAGAUCAGAUACGUCCGGUUGAGAAGAAGUUAAUUAUUGAAAGGGACCUUCCAAGACUGCAAUCCCCACCUCAGCCUGUGCCAUCACCAUCACCCUCGCCAGCAGAGCAAUUCCACACUCCACCACAACAACUCGCGCCAUCAGAAAAUCGUAAGCGAAGGAAAAGAGUUUGGCCUGCUACCCCAAAAAGGAAAAGCGAACGAAUUCGAAAGAAAUUAGAAUUUAAAUAAUUAUUUAUUUUAUUAGAUUGCAUGAAAAAUAAUUUGUUAAAUGAUUCUUUAUUUUGAGGGGGAAAAUGUUGUAUAUUUGAUAUUAUAUUAAAUAUCUAUUGAAUAGGGUAGCGGGAUCGGGUCAGACGAUCGAUCAUGUAUAAAAGCCAUACAGGCAAUAAAGUUGUUCAGUUCACCCCAAUCU